UCAAUUUGCAGAAGGAUCGAAAAUAUGGCGACUGUAAACAUGAAAAAUUGUGCUCUGAGUUUACUGCUAUUUAUUGCUGUUUUAUCGAGUAUUUCUCUUGGAGAACAACCUAAAAGUAUAACGGAGGAAUGCAAGAAAAGGUGUGAAAGGUCUUAUCCUCCCCAUACCUACCCAAAGCCAGAAACUCAUGAAGCUUGUUUGAGAGGUUGUCGUUUAUCAGCCAUCGGACAGCUUUCCUCGCCUGAUCGAAACAAAGAAAAUGCUUCGAAAAUUUGCAUAGCAGGCUGUAAAGAGAGUUACCCAGAUGGAGACAGGUUAUAUGCCUGUAAAGUUGGUUGUAACAGCCAAGAUAUCAUUCCAACUCCAGAGGCAAUGUACAAGGAACACAAAGAUGGAAUGAUGGCAAUGCAUGGUUACAUGAGCUUGCGACCAAUAAUGGUUGCACAGCAGUAUUGCCAUGGAUUAAUCAGAAAAGUGACUUAUUUUGUUAGUAUCUCCUCCACAUACUAUUCCAGUACAAACAGCGCAGGACAGACUGUUGUUGUCAAGAUUGAUAGCCCUCCACAGCUUUUGACACAUGUAUCUCAACGACUAACUAGUAAAGAUGAUACACAGAUUAAUGUGCAGAAGAGAGACAAAGAUGACAAGGGGUAUUCCUGGAAAAUUGUUCACAAGAGCCGGGCGUGGCUUCACUGUGUGUCUCGACGUUCUGGUCUUCCAUUUUGGUUACUGUCAAUCACUCUUUUCAUGGGAUUUGCAUUCAUGCUUUGGGUAUGUUGCUCUUCAUUCAGCUUGGAUCAGAACCAAGAGAAAGAAAAGCAACUUCGUCAGGACGAUAUCUUCUUGCUUGAAGAUGAUGAUGAAUUUCUUCUUAAAAAACAACCCAUAACCAAGUCAGAAGAGGCUGGUCCACUACCUGUUAAAGUCAACAUCUCUGCCUCAAUCAUUUAACUUUAUCCGAUACUUUUUGAGUAGGGUGGGGUGGGUUGAACACUUGUAUACAUUAGAGUACACUUGUAUACAUUAGAGUAAUAUAUGGGAAGUUAGUGACAUCAUACUUCUCAUUUUGAUAUGCAUUCAUUUUCUCAGUUCCUUAUUUACUACAGUAUUAUUAAUCUCAGGUUUUGAAUAAAAAGCUUUUACAGUUUACAGUAUUAUGAUGAAAAGCAAUCCGUUCUGGAUUCCAAUUAGUCCAUUCCAUAAUAAUAUUCUAUGAAAUGGAGUCUUGGAGUAGAAGAUCUGGUGGGUGGGGAUGGGUGACUUAAGACUGGUUAGGUAAAGGGAGGGCAAUCCAUUGUUAUAGUCAUUAUGAAUAAUAUUCUGUUUGGUGAUAA